UAACGUAACGUUUUUGGCCCACGAAGUAACAAGCACGUAACGUUGCAUUGGUUUGGGCACCACAAGAGCUUCGGUCAGAGGCGUUUUUGGCGGCAUUACCGCGUCUUCGAGGCUUGUUGGGUCGUCUUGGAGGCGUCCCCAGCUUGGGGUCACUUCGGGGCCCCCCCCGAGACUCACGGGGCCGUCUCCGACCUGAUGUCUCCCCCUGAGGUGGCUGAGGGAUCGCCCGACACCCAUCGAGGUCGACCCUCGACGGCUCCUGUGCGAUCGCGUUAUUUGCUACCAGCAGCGUGGGCAGCCUGACGAUCGCGCGCGAAGCGAUUGAAGCAAGAAGACAUCCACAGACAGGCUACCAAUAUCUAGCAUGCCUUUGGCCCUUUGGGCUGGCGACUACAAUGUGCGGUCUGCCAGGUUUGAGAUCUUCCGUUCAUGUCAUUGUCUUUCAUGGAUAGAAUCUCGGAGCCAGACGAGACAACUCCGCUUCGGUCGACGCCCGAUGCCUCGUGGCAGGAACGGCAGCGUUUUCCCAGCGAGUUUGUAGGCUUGUGGGUGUGCAAAGACGGUAGCUUCUAUGACGGCUCCACAAUCGAGAUCGGAAGCAACCAUUGGUGCCCCCUUCGCCCUACAGGUAUUGUGAAGAGCAGCGCAGUCUACAGCUGGAGGGUUGUGGAUGGCCGGUGUCAGCUCGUUGACACUCGCGGAGCGGGCGAGAGCUACGUCUACAAUUUGAGCAGUUGUCACGAUGGGACGUUGGAGGUGAUCACGCAGUCAGAGAGUUGGUAUUUGGUUAGGGCCAGGCACCGGCGGACCUCAAAGACAGUGUCUCCUGCACAGCCGGAAAUGUUGGGGCAAAUUGUCCAUACCAAGGGUCGUCAAGUUUGCUUGUUGUUUUCCACCGUGUCCAUACUGGUUUGCGUGUUUCUAAUUGGAACGUUUGAAGAGGAUUGGAGUGUAAUAACCGCAAUAUACGUGCUGACGCAGUGCUUACUCACCAUCGGUUUCGGCGACGUUGCGGUGACCCAUGAUAUCACAAAGAUGUCGUUGUCAUUACUCAUGCUUUCCAGCUUGGUGACGAUUGCGUUUAUUGCAAAGCAGAUCGUCGACGUGGUUGUACAGAAGAAGACCCUACGCGCUACCACCAAGGCAACCGAGCUCCAGAUGAAAAUCGUGAAGGGCCUUCAGGCAUCAGCACACGCAGGGCCAUCGAAGAGUACUGAUCCUACCGCCGACGACAGAGGAGACUCCGAUGUCAGGCAGAUCCUGGUCGGAGUGGCCCCCUUCGUGUGUUCCCUGGCGUUCGGCACUAUCUUCUACGCGACAUACGCGGGGGGGGCCCGAGCGACCGACACCGUACAAAAACAUAACCUAUUAUUCCGGAGGGCCCAGCGGAUAUUUUGGAUCGGAGUUGGACCUUUCUCGGUGGCGCGUCGCGCGCCGCGCCUGGCGCGCUCCGCGCGUCCGCGUCCCGCGCCGAUGCAUGAAAUCUGUGCGGACCUCUGGGAGUUUUUGCUUUGGGGAGUUUUUCGUUAGUCCCGCACGUGUACUGUAGUUGUCUCCCCCUCCUGCCUCCUCGAUUGAUUUACCCGCCCAUGAGAGCGCACGUCUGUAGCUGGCACGCCCUUCUGGCUGCUGCCAUGUUGUUCCCAAGUAGUACGAGUCCUAAUUAGUCGCGAUAUCCUGCACCUCCACGCUGAGGCCCCCCCCAGCAUACGAGGCCUGCACUUGUUCCUAUGGCUCUUCGAGGGUGCCCCACUGCAGCAUGGACACUUACGAGGCGUGCGUUGAGACCGGAGGACCUUCAGGGCGGCCGUCAACAGCAGGGGUGGUAAGAUUCGCCUUCAUUGCGUGUGAAGGAGGGGACGGGGACGGGGAAGGGGCAGAAGAGGACGCCGAAUCUCAUCAUCCCCAUGGUCUCAGCUGCCUUCAGGAUACGUCAAGACGUGGCUGGACUCCUUCUACAUGUCAGUGUCGGCUUUGACCACCACAGGGCUGGGCAACGUCUCCCCCAUGUCGGAGUUCGGGCGGGCGAUCGGCAUCAUUUGGAUGCUCUCUGGCGUGGCGAGCAUGGUGUACAUGAUUCAGGAGGUUGCCAGCUACGUCUUCAAUGACAUGCGAGCAAGUGUGCCGGAGGACGAGGUUGUGGCGAUGUCCCAGCAGUUAUUCGACAUAAUUGGCAAGGAUGGCGACGGAACCCUGUCAAGAUCUGAGUACCGCUGGUUCGUCCUUCUGAAGCACAAUCUAGUCAGCAAAGAACUCCUCGAAAGCAUAGAUCGUACAUUCGACACCCUGGCUCUAACAGCCGGAAGUUCACCGUCAUCUGGCAGAAUCUCGCUGAAAGAUCUCGAGGCAACGAAGGCAGGGCAUGGGAGGGGUAGUUCUGUUUCCCGGGAACCGAGUGAAGACGUUUAGGUGUCCGGCGACUGGCCGCAUCCAUGCUCUAGGAAUGGCGGCUGGCUGCGGACGCGACAGCGGGGAAGCCAGGCGCCUCCCGAGCAGGUGCGCUCCCGUCGCUCCGCCGCCCUCGCUUCCGUGGCCGUCCCCUCAGCACGCCAUAGUUUCGGACGUACUCUUCUUCGUCCCCCUUCCUCCGCUG